AUGGACUUUCUGACGAAGCAUCUGGACUGUCUGUCCAACUGGCAAUUGAACCUUCAGCCCGGAUGGCAGACGGUGGGCGCCUCGGCUCUUCUCGCCGCUGGCAGCUUGUUUGUCUUCUCCCGCGCUUUGGUGUUCGUUAGGGUCAUCCUGAGCUUGUUUGUCCUCCCUGGCAAACCUCUUCGCUCUUUCGGUCCCAAGGGCAGCUGGGCCGUGGUCACAGGUGCCUCCGAUGGCCUCGGCAAGGAAUUCGCCCUUCAGCUCGCCCGCGCUGACUUCAACAUCCUCCUCGUUUCCCGGACCGCCUCUAAGCUGGAUACUCUUGGUGCAGAGAUCAAGACCAAGUUCCCCUCUGUGCAGACCAAGACCCUGGCGAUGGACUUUGCUCGCAACGACGACAGCGACUACGAGAAGCUGAAGGCGUUGGUGGACGGGCUGGACGUUUCCGUGCUGGUCAACAACGUUGGAAAGAGCCACAACAUCCCCACUCCGUUCGCUUUGACCCCGGAGGAUGAAAUGACCGAUAUCGUGACCAUCAACUGCCUGGGUACCUUGCGGGCCACCCAGAUUGUUGUCCCUGGUAUGAUGCAGCGCAAGCGUGGAUUGGUCUUGACUAUGGGCUCUUUCGGUGGACUUCUCCCCACCCCUCUUCUUGCCACCUACUCUGGUAGCAAGGCCUUCCUGCAGCAAUGGUCCACCUCCCUCGGUUCGGAGCUUGAACCGUACGGAAUUACUGUCGAGCUGGUUCAGGCCUACCUCAUCACCUCUGCUAUGUCGAAGAUCCGCCGGACCAGUGCUACGAUCCCCGACCCGCGUUCGUUCGUGAAGUCGGUUCUGACCAAGAUCGGCCGUAAUGGUGGAUCUCCCACGUACGCUUACAGUUCUUCUCCUUACUGGAGCCACGGAUUGAUGGCCUAUUUCCUGACCUGCAUCACUGGCACCAUGGGCAAGUUUGUUGUUGGCCAGAACAAGGGCAUGCACGAAACCAUCCGGAAGCGGGCCUUGCGCAAGGCCGAGCGCGAGAAGGGCAAGAAGAGCACUUAA